GAGUCAAAAUAUAUAUUCGAAACAAGGGCUUCAAUCAGCAAUUCGUCAUUGCCAGGCUACGGCCCAAACACUCUGAUGGAAUCUAUGUGAAUUCUCUACCAUAAUAAUGUCCUGACGUUUCGAAGCUUAUAUUAGAGUAUAAAGAGAAGUAAAGAAGAAUGGAAACUUCAACAGAUCCAAAUGAAUUAGAUGAUUUUGAAAAGGAGUUGAACUCCUAUAUAGAGAGUGAGGAAAAGUCAAAAUCGGAAAAACAGACAUCAACGCCAGGAGGGCAGUCAACAAUGGAUAGAGGGGUAGUGCGUGACACCUCAGACAAUGAGGACUCAGAAAUCGAUGAUUACAACCUCACUGAGGACCAGAAACGGGCACUGGAGGAGCUGGACAAUCUCAAAACGGAAAUGGGCUAUCCAGAUGAAGAUCCACCAGAAUAUGAUGUUAAAGAGAGGCUUAAAGUUUUAAAUGAGGAUCUUAAAAAUGACCCAACUCCUCUAGAGAAACAGAAAGACUCUAAGGUUGGUUUUAAAGCUGACCUUGUUGACCUAGUGGCUCCACCUCCUGAUUAUGGAGAAGAGAGCGGGACAGAAGAGAAUGCAAGUGCUGCAGGGAAGUCUAAACCUCAACAAAAACAGAGUGAUGAUAAGGUGGAUGAUAAAUCAGAGACAAUUGUUGAUACAAAGAAAUCAAAUCCGGGCAAAAAAGACUCUGUGUUAAUUGAAAUUGACGGACAAUUUCAGUUGGUUGAUUCUGAUGAUGUCAGGGCUAAAGACUUUUUGGCAAUGAAUCCAGAUGGAAACAAAGAAAAUAAAGAAAAUGAUAAACGAAAUGACAAAUCUGAUAAAAGUAAACCUUUGCAACCAAUACCACCUGGUAAACCUCGACCUGCGACAGCGUCCGCGUCAUCAAGACGAAAUAUUAGAACGGUUCCUCAAAAGGAGCGACCAUCAUCAGCACAUGCCUCCAUUGAACAUAGAUCAGCUCUUCAAGACUUUAAUUACAACUCACCAUACGCACUGUCACCGAGAGAAAAACAACUGAUGGAGGAACGAAAGAAAGCGAUGGAAAAACAGAAACAACAGGAUGAGAGGAAGAAACGUGACGAUGAUGAACAGAAGGAGAGAGAGAACAGGGAAGCAUUUGAAGCAUGGUUGAAGAAGAAACGAGAGUCAGAUAGAAGGAAGAACAUACACGAUGAAGAUGAUCGAAGGCAAAACGAGAAAGAAGACAGGCGUAGAAUCAAAGAGUUUGAGCAAAACAAGAGCUUCCAGACUUACGAUAUGCUCUACUAUAAGAGUGCAGAUUCAGAAGAUGGGAGUGUGGAAACUGAAGACUGGAAGAAAGAGAAAGAAGAGGCAUUCCAAAACUGGCUCAAGGAGAAGACCUCGCAAUUUAAGAAGGAGAAGUUGCUUAAGCGAAGGCAGGAGCAGGAGAUGCAUGAUGGCUACUUCAUACGCAGCAGGGAUGACUGUGAAAAGGCCUAUAAACAGUGGUUAAAGCAUAAAGCAAUGGAAGCUCGAAAGGCUCGUGCAGCAGAGAGACAGAAGGCCAAGUUGCAGCGCCUCGCAGCACGGAGGGCACGCAAAUCCAUAUCCCUUUCCAAAUCCAUUCGCGAGUCAAAUUCAUUCCGAUAUGUGGACUAUUAUGGCUACAGGUUCUAGAAGACUUUCACCAUUUUGGAUCAUCGCUAACUGACAUUGUGAAUACCAGAAGUCAGUUUCAAGACUAAAGACAGCUACCUGGUACUUUACAAAGUAUGAGGCUGCAAAUAGGCUUCUGAAUGUGGAUGUAUCAAAAUGAUUCAUAAGGAUUGAACAAUGAAAUUAUGGAAAUAUUUUAUGGAACAAAGUAUGAAGUGCUUCACUUGGGUGACUAGCUAGAUGUUCAGUUCACAUUUGUGUGAUGUUUGUGAAUGACGGUUGUGUAUGGCAGAAAAAUACAAGCUUACACUGUUGUCAAAGGGCGGCAAUUUUGAAAAAAACAACAACAACAGUUCCAGCAAAUUUAGGGAGAUGGCUUUAAUUGAAAUAUGAAAUACAAGAAUAUUAAAUCAUGUUAUGCAAACACACAAGGUGUCAUAUUUUUUGGAUGUGUCUCAUACCACAUUUUUUUAUCAUUAUCAUGUUCAAGUGAGAAAUGUUUGCAUUUGUUACUAUUAAAGAUAUUAUUCAUGUUUUGGUAAAAUACACAGAUCUGUUUUUCGCUUCUUCCAAAAAUUAUCACUGAUUAUUUGUACACUGUUUAUCUUCUAUGUUUAAGAUUCAGAAGGUCCCUGGCAUACGUUUAAUGUUGCUUGGCAUCUUUUGUCAUUAAUUCGUAAAUGACUAUUUUAGUGAUCUGUCAAGGUCACUUUUUUCCGGGUAUAUUUAAUACAUGUACAUGUAUGGGAUUUCAAUGUUUGAUUUAUGUAGAACAGUUAGUCCGGUUUUCUUUGCUUUGUUUUUCAUUCUAUGUUUAUUCAGUAGUCGGAGUAUUUUACAUAUUAACCAUUACAAAUCAAAUAAUAACCGUAGUAAUACUUAAUUGCUAGAUAGGUGCAUACUUAUGGAUGAAGAUAGAUUUACUGAUUAAAUAUUGUGAAUAAAAGAAAUCAAUGUUAUUAAAGACAUCGAUUAUAUCUGUCAACAAUACAGUAUUUACCAUCGUUAUUUUUCUUUCCCAAUUCAAUUCAUUGCAAUAUUUGCUGAAGAACCAUUUGCAUAGCUUAUUCUAAAUAGAUUUAAUUAACAAAAUGCUUCAUCUAUAUCAUUACUACAAUGAUCUGAAUGAUGUUCACCCAUUGUUUUGUAGUUGGUUCACAGUGUGCAGCUUACACUAUGUAAUAUCAUUUGCAAUUAAUGUUAAUACUAAAAAGCAAUCUCUUUAUUGAAAAAUCAAAAUUCUAAGUAUUGGGGAUUUUAAAAACUGAUGCUACUAUAUUAUGUGUGUAUAUGAUUAUGGAACAUCCUAAUUAUUAGGAAAGGUUUUUCAAUAUUUGGGCUGUUACAGUUGCGAGAUUAUGGGUCUUCGGACAAUUUUGUUUUUGUUUUUAUAUAGGUUCAUUUGAAUGACAUAAAAGUUCAACUAAACAUGUUAUGUUUGUUUGUACUCAAACUAAAAUAUGCUAAAUUAUUUACUAAAUAGAAAACAUAAAAUUCAUGUAUAAAAAUCAUGUAUUUCCAUAGCAACCAGUCAUUCAAGAGCACUAUUUUGCUAAAACAUUAAAACCAGUCUAUAAAAGUGGUAUAAACCAGCAUGCGCAAUCAACUUUCUAAGUUGUUUUUAAUUAAAUGUUAUAUAAAAGACUAUCCCACAAAUGACUUUUUUGGGGGUGG